AUGGGACAUAUUGAACUCGUUUUGUGGCGAGAAAGAGCAGAAAGCGUCACUUUUAAUGAAGGAGAUGUCCUCUGUCUGGAAAAUGUCGUCUCGAAGUUUAACAAUAUAUUCACUUUGACAAUGACUUUUGAAACUGCCAUAUCCAAAGUGGAUGACCAAAUGGCCAACAUGGCGGUUAGAAAUGUCAAAAGGCAACUAUCUCGACCUAGCAAUGUGGUGUCUCUGAACACUUCCAUUCAUGCUGUGAAAGAGUUCCAAUGCACACUUUCCUGCCUCAGCUGCAGAAAAACCAUUAGUCCCAACUCGGUAGAAGGUAAUCUGAUAACGUGCCCAACCUGCUCAACCAUGUUCCUGACAGAGCGUGCAACUUUGAAUAACAGCUGCAUGAUCCUACUGGAGGAUAAUAGAUGGUUUAAGCUAACACCAGUGUAA